UGGCAGAUUCUAUCGCGUUUUCGUGUAAUGUAGAGAGGUACAAGUCAAACGUACUGAGCGUGACAGAGAGAUCUAUAUCAUUAUAGGCCUGCAUGUACAUAGGCCCAAUGCGUUGGGGACAGUCUCGGUGAGUUAGACAGUGAAUGUCGUUCUAACUUUAGACUGAUUUGAUUAAGUAGUUCCGCAUUGCUAUACUCAGCAUAUAAAAAGCGUGUAGGCCGAUAUAGGCUAAGGUUAUUUAACCGCGUGACAGCCCGACCACUCUAUCACUCUGUCACCCUGCGUUCUGUUUGGCAAGAUACAGGCCUAUAACAACAACGGACAUGAAACUGAGUGGACUCUUGUUCCUGUUGGGAAUAGCCUCCGCCGUGAGAGAGCAGAGCGUCGGUACGGCCGAUGGGACCGGUGUUGAUGGCAGAGUUAAGUAUCGACCCGACGGAAUCAAAGGACAAACCAAAUCAUGGCGCGGGAAAAAUAAAAAAUCGAGUACCGGUAUGUCUCUGAACAGCCAAUCUCCUCAGCCCGCUGCCUUCUUUUUCUCCAGGACGUUCGUUGACAUCCCGCCCCCUCCCACGCCAAGUUCCGGUAACUCAUCUAUCGCCUCCAUGCAGACGCCCAUUCAAAUAGGUGGCAUAUUUCCGAACUACUCCGUGCUGGCAGACACCGGCCCCAAGCGUUCGGAGUGCGGCAUUGGGGCGCUAAUGGCAUGGGCAGAUAACCUCUAUCUGGUGUCCUAUCUGUCCGUUCCGGACGCGGGCAGUGGUACUGGUCUGUACGUGAUUGACGGAGAUAACUAUCAGAUGCGACGUUUGGUAUCACAUCAGUCCACCUACGCCAAUCGGAUCAUCCAUAAAGAGACUAAUCAAAUCGUCAUAGGUGCGUGGCUUAUUGACCAAUCCGGGAACCUGAAGACGUUUGAGGACUUAUUGCACGUGCGGGUAGCAGCCACUGCCGAACAUCUCACAGAUCCUGCCAAUAAGGUAUACAUGCUCGGAAUGGAUGGACCGCUGUGGGAGUGUGACGUCAAUAAACUGAAUUGCACACAGCUUUUUGAUUUGGUGAAGGAAUUAGACAUUCCCAGCGAAAAAGGGGAACAACCCCACUUCAAGGCCGCUCACACCAUGGACAAUCGCUUGGUUGUGGCCAGUAACACAUUUGAACAAGCAGAUUUGAAAGGAGAGCAGCAUGGUGGUCGCCUGGCAGAAUGGAAAGGACCAGGUAGUAAAUGGACCAUACUGGCGAGAACAGCUUUCGUUGAGGUGACCGGAAGGAGAAACUUCGGCAAAGUAAUCUAUGCCGUUGGCUGGGACAAACGGUCGGCCAUCUUGAAAGUGUUCGAUGGUGGAGACGAAGGCGAACCGUCCAGUUGGCAACAAUGGCAAACAUACCGACUUCCUAAAGCUAGCCAUGCCUUUGAUCACCUUUGGCAAACAGAAUGGCCGAGGAUACGAGAAGUGGAGACAGAACGCUACCUGAUGGAUGCUCACGGAAUGUUCUAUGAGUUGUCUCCUCUUGGUUGGGCCGGAAGUACUUGGGGCAUUCGACCAAUUAGCCAACACCUUAGAGUCAUACCGGAUUUUGCAUCUUUUAGGGGAACAUUGGUUUUAGGGGGCAAUCAGGUUUCCAGUAUAUUUGACAACAAUGUUGUCACCGGGCAAUCUCAGUCCGGUAUGUGGUUUGGCAAGACGGAUGAUCUUUGGUCAUUUGGGAAACCACAAGGAUGGGGCGCUGUCUGGCGGAGGGACAAUGUAACAGAAGGGGUUCCGUCCGAUCCCUAUCUUAUGACCGGUUUUGACCAUAAAGUCCUGCAUCUAACAGCGCACGUGGCACACCCGGCACACCCGGGUGUAACCUUUGCCAUCGAGAUAGACUACACUGGAACAGCAGGUCACAUGUCCGGAGAGGAUUGGAAUGUGUUAACUCGAAUAGGUGUCUAUAAUGGCGGAUAUAAUUACUACACAUUUCCACCCGGAUUCAGUGCUCACUGGGUCAGGGUCGUGGCUAGUGCAAACUGCACGGCAACUGCCUAUUUUCAUUAUACAUGAGACCAGGAACAAGCUUUUUCACAUUUAUCCUGUAUAUACGAAUACCGUGUGUAUAUAUAGCAAUACUUAAUCCUAUAA